CAAAUAAAAUGCAAUCAUGAAUAAAAUGCUGCAAUCGCAAAAAACACUGUAAUCACAGGAAAAAGUGGAGGCAAAGCUGCUAGUGCAACUACACACUAAUUCCACAAAAUAUAAGUGCUCCAGACCUGUAGGGGGAGUUAAACAAAGAACGAAUAUCACAUUUUGUAGAGUAGUGUUGCCCAACUCUUGUCCUCGAGGCACACUGCCCUACAUGUUUUAAAUGCUUCCAUGCUUCAAUGUGCCUCAUUCAGCUGACUGUAGUUCAGCAAACACCUGUUAAUUGAAAUCACCUGGGCAAUAAUUGAUUCAUCAAUGCAGACAGUGUGGCUGGAGGACCAGGGUUGAGAAAUACUGGUGUAGAGGCCUGUUUGAGUACACUUGUCCAAACCGGCAUACAAUUAAUUUCAUCAUAAUAACUUCACUCAGAAAACCUGACUUUGUAUGCAAAGCUAAAGUUGGCUUCUGAUUGUAGCUUCCAAUUCGCUCCAAAUGCUCUCUGUCCUGCAAAAGGCUCGAGGUUGGACAUCACACCGCCUGCAUCCCAGUGUCCUUCAGCCUGUUGGGGAGCAUGGCUUGAGAAGAUUUGAUGAUGGGUUAAUCAGAACUCUUUCUCUAACAUCAAGAAGAAAGAAGAAACUGACCCAUGUGCAUAUAAGAGAGCUGUCAGAAGCAGCCUAUGAGAAGCUGGCAGACGAGACGCUGGAUGCUCUAUCUGAUUACUUUGAAGAUCUGGCAGAUGAAGAUUUCACUGGAAUAGAAUAUGAUGUUGUGCUUUCUAGUGGUGUGUUGACAGUAAAGUUAGGUGGAGGCCAUGGAACGUAUGUUAUCAACAAACAGACACCAAACAGACAGAUAUGGCUUUCUUCUCCUACCAGUGGACCGAAGCGCUACGACUGGACAGGAGAACGCUGGGUGUACACUCAUGAUGGAAUUAGUCUCCACCAACUGCUUUCUAAAGAGUUUUCUGAUCUCUUCAAUAAAAACAUCCAUUUGUGUCAUUUGCCAUAUUCUUGAAGCAGCGAAUCUGAAGAUGAUGGACUGAGUGCAGUAUGCUGACCAGAAUGUUUCUAUGGAAACCAAAUGACCUGUAUUGUCUGUCCCUCCCUCCCUUUUGAAGUUCAUUACAGUCCAAACAGAUUCUCUGAUUCCUGCUGGGGGUUGAUUUGCUUCCAUAUUCCUACCAAAGCCUUUUGCUGCUGUGUUGUUGUGCCUGACUGUACUUGAGUUUGUGUUCACUGCUCUUGUAUUUCCUUCCUGUAGAAAAUAUAACAAGGAAAGAUUAUUCAUAUUUUCCAAUCUGUUACUGUUUUAAACCCAUAUAGUUGAGCUUUUAUUUUGAAAAUGUGCAUUUCUUCCUUUUAUAUUAUGUUCCCACAGUCCCAAUUUGUUUCAUAGCCUCCCUGUUGUACUUUAACUCAGUCUAACUAAGGUUAAGAAAAUGUUAUUGAAAUGAAUGAGGAAUGACACAUAAAAUACAAUUUAUUUUUAUAAGUAUUAGAAACAUUGGAAGUGUUUCUGUGAGCAAAAUUACACAUAAUAGUGCAUCAAUGACUUUCUUCUCACAUUUGUCACUUGCAAGUUUCAAGCUUGGUGUAUAUCUAUAAGGUAAAUAGAAACCAGCACAUCCCUGUACUAAUAUAAGAAUUUAUCUAAAUUAUUUUCGAUGCUGAAAACAAUGUGGACAUGUAAUGCACUGUCGGCAUAACAUAGUAUUCUUCAUUAAGGCCCUGGCUGACUGUUACUGAUUAUUACUAAUUAUUGCUGGUGUUGGUCAGAAGGGCCGAUGGUGCAAAAUUUGCAGCUUCGCUUGUCAGCCUGCCCAGGGCCGACACUGAUGAUGGCAAGCUACAUCAUCACUGUGUGAAUGAGCCCUUUGAGAUUUCAACUGGAGAUAUAAAGGGCUUUAUAAAUAAAAUUGAUUACUAUUAUUACUGACAAAGACA